AUGGAUCAUUUGAGGGGCGAACAGGGAGAGCCGGGGGGGGGAGGCGUUGUGCGGAAUCAUCUUGGAGAAACCUUGGAGGCAUUCUAUACGCCUUUGGUUGUGAUUUCUGGAUUUGAAGCUGAGAUAAAGGCCUUGUUAGAAGGAGUGAAAGUUGCCAAGCGUCACGGACGGCUCAAUCUGUGGCUGGAAACAAAUGCAAAAGUUGUGAGUUUACUGCUGGAAAAGUGGCAGCUGGGGCCGGCAGAAAUAAGACAUACCAUGGCCAAAAUCAUUUUGGAGCUUCGAGGGACACAGUGGAGGAUAUCGUACAUUCGAAGGGAAGGAAACAAGGUAGCAGAUUACCUAGCUCUUGUAGGGAAAGACAACCAAGCCUUAGAAAGGUUUGAAGGAAACAACAUCCCUGCUCGGGCAAGAGCUUUGGCUAGAUUGGAUCAGCUCGGCAUGCCUAGCUUUAGAUUUUGA